CAGAUACAAGAAGAGUUUUCUCAGAAUCAUCAUUUGUGUUGACAUCAGGCACUAAAACAAGGUUCAGUGGUGGUGCCUGUGUCCAACACAGUUUUUCCCUAUGGACCUCAGGGUGGGCGAGCGGGGGAUGCGCCCUGGUUCGGACACGGCGCUCCUCACUCCUCUGCACCCACCUUUACUCCUCACACCCUUCUCCCCACAAGCCCGCUCCUCCUUCUCCCAGCAGCAACUGCACCAGCAAAUCAGGUUUAACAUGGAACAAAGGAGGCGAGAGCAGGAGCACCAUGAGAAACAACAGGAGUUGCAGCAACUAAAACACAAAGACAAAAGUCAACAGAGUGCCGUGGCCAGUUCGCUGGUGAAACAAAAACUCCAGGAAGUGAUUCUCAAGAAGCAGAAGCAGGCGGCGCUGGAAAGAACAAACUCUAACCCUCUGACUCCACAUCCUGUACCGUACAGAAAUCUAUGUCCAGACCCCAGUGCGUCCUCCCAGGCUUUAGUUUCACCUCCUUCACAGUCGGAGGGCUCAGAGGGGACACCGCUGCGCAGAGCAGCAUCUGAGCCCAACCUGAAGGUGAAGCACAAGCUGAAGAAACACCUGAACACCCGCAAGAGUCCGCUCACCCGCAAAGAAAGUGCUCCGCCCAUCAUCAAACAGAGAACACCGGAAGCGCUGGACUCUUCCCCCAGCAGCAGCAGCACUCCGGUCUCUGGGUGUAGUUCUCCUAAUGACAGCGUUCCUAACGAGAAUGGACUACUGCCAUCUGCAGGCGGACUCUCACACGAGGCCCAGAAGCUGCUGCUGAGAGACGGCACUCUGGCUAACUUCACCGUCCAAAGUCCAUCCACUCUGCCCACCAUCACACUCGGACUGCCGGCCAACUCACGGGCCGAAGGAGAGCUGUCUUCUCUGAAGGUCAGUCGGGUUCCCAUGGUUGCUGCUGGGUGCACGCCAGUCUUCCUGCCCCUCAGCAGAGAAGACCAAGCCGGGCAGAUGAACCACCACUUGCCUGUUAUCAUCCUGGAGCCCUCUGGACUCAUCCACCCUCCGAUCAUCAGCGUUCCAGGCCUGGACUCUGUUCCGUUGCAGUUCGCGCCGCAGCUGGACCACCUCUCUCCAGGAGGCGUUCAGUCCCACAAGCCUCUGAGCAGGACACGCUCGGAACCCCUCCCCCAGAGCCCCCACACACUCCACACGCAGCUACUUCAACAACAGCACAGCGCACAACUACUGGAGAGGCUCAAGCAGCAGACUAACCUGGGCAAGCUCAUGUCCAAGUCCAGUGAAAAGCCCAGGCUGCAUCAGAUCCCCUCUGAGGAUAUGGAUUCUGAGGACGGCGAUGGGACGUCACCCACUGACCAGACCUUUCAUAGCAGAGUGAGGGCGGAGUCACUGAGGGAGGCGGAGCCAACCGUCUCGAAAGCCCACGAGGAGCAGCUGAACCUGCAGCAUGCACUCAUUCUCAACCAGUCUUUGCUAUGGGAGCAGCAGAAGCAGUUGCAGCAUAUGCAUCUACAAAUGGAGAACCUGACGGUCCCUGUGUUGCGCAGCAGUGGCGGUGUUGCUUGUGGUUUGGGUGUCCAUCGCCCCCUGUCACGUACGCAGUCAUCCCCAGCCUCCACUUCUCUCACCCUGCCUGACAAAACCUUGAGCCUGGCCCCUCAGGACCCCAACAGCAAACCACGCUUCACCACUGGCCUCGUGUAUGACUCUCAAAUGCUAAAGCACCAAUGUACAUGUGGCGAUAACAGCAGUCACCCAGAGCAUGCUGGGAGAAUACAGAGCAUCUGGUCCCGACUACAGGAGAGAGGCCUGAGAGGACAGUGCGAGAGUAUUCGGGGUCGUAAAGCCACUCUGGAGGAGCUGCAGUCGGUCCAUAAGGAGCGCCACGUGUUGCUAUAUGGAACAAACCCGCUCAACAGGCUCAAACUGGACAAUCGCAAACUGGCUGCAAUUCUCUCUCAAAGGAUGUUCGUGAUGUUGCCAUGUGGGGGUGUUGGGGUUGAUAAUGAUACCAUCUGGAAUGAGUCGCACACUUCCACCGCGUCACGCAUAGCGGCGGGCAGCGUCGUCGAGCUGUCGUUCAGGGUGGCCAAAGGAGAGCUCAAGAAUGGCUUUGCUGUGGUCAGACCGCCAGGACAUCACGCAGACCCCUCCAAUGCAAUGGGUUUCUGUUACUUUAACUCUGUGGCCAUAGCUGCCAAGCAGCUCCAGCAGAAGCUCAGCGUCAGUAAGAUCCUCAUAGUUGAUUGGGAUGUUCACCAUGGCAAUGGCACCCAAGAAGUGUUUUACAGAGACCCCAACGUUCUUUAUAUUUCACUCCAUCGCUACGACAAUGGAAACUUCUUCCCUGGCAGUGGGUCACCAGCUGAGGUUGGUUCUGGAGCUGGCGAGGGCUUCAAUGUGAACGUGGCAUGGACAGGAGGUCUGGACCCACCCAUGGGAGAUGCUGAGUACCUCGCUGCUUUCAGGUCCGUGGUGAUGCCCAUUGCUCAGGAGUUCUCCCCAGACGUCGUUAUGGUGUCGGCUGGAUUCGAUGCUGCUGAGGGAAACCCUGCUCCUCUGGGAGGAUACAAAGUCUCUGCCAAAUGUUUUGGCUUCCUGACCCGACAGUUGAUGUCUCUUGCUGGAGGUCGUCUAGUUUUGGCCCUGGAGGGAGGUCAUGACCUCACAGCUAUUUGCGAUGCAUCCGAGGCAUGUGUCAGUGCACUUCUAGGCAUACAGGAUCAAAUGCCAGAAGAUGUUCUGCUCCAAAAACCAAAUGCAAACGCAGUCCACUCCCUGCAGACGGUCAUACAGAUACAAAGUCAGUACUGGCAGAAUGUAAAGAACUACAGUGGAACAGUAGGACUUGCAUACCUAACUGCUCAGAGUAAAGACUGCGAGGAAACGGAUGCUGUGAACGCGUUGGCCUCACUGUCUGUGGGAGUCAUGUCCAACGAGAGCAUCCCUGAUGAGCCGAUGGAUGAUGACAGUGACUCAAUGUAGCCAGCCACUCACCUCAACAAUCUCACAUUCGAGAAGUUUCCUCCACCAGCCUUGGACCUCCUGUACUGUUGCAGAAACACGAAGGGAACAUUUUUGCAACGCCACGGAGCCUCACCUGUUGGCCUUAUUCAAACAAGCACCAGCUGACACGAAAUGCAGGACCUGCAAUUCUGAGCACCUCAGUUCCGGUAACCACUUGGCUGAACCCAGCAUCACUACCUGCAACUGAGAAACCUUCAGAAACCUCACCAAAGAGCAACAUACAAGCUUAUUUGAAAUAACUUUUCAUGGCUCCUGAGUGACAUCUGAAUGCAUCUGUGUAACUCCACGUGUGUUGCAGUUUUCCAGUGUGGCAGCCUUGUGAGCUAAAACCUUUUGAGAACAGACAAAACUCUUGAUUCUUUCCAUGUACCAGCCACUGAUUUGUUGCCUUAACUUUGCUUUAUCGUAAAGACCAACGUCGUCUUUUGGGGGGAUUUUCUAUGCCUCUGCAACGACUCUGACCAAACAAGAUGCAAAACUAAUUUACCGUGUGACAUCUGGUGAAAGAAAACUCACAUUGAUUAAAAUGCAAUGAUGUCACCAAGUGGAAGUGGCCAUAUUAUUUAACAAAAACGCUCA